AUCGAUUCUGUGUAUUAUCGGGCUUCCCUAAUAGUUUGCGUUUUGACCGAGACGCAUGAUCAAAAACAUUAAACGCGAUACGCGUCACGCGAGCACCAAGCAAAUAUCGAUUAUAAAAUAGACAAAAGCCUCUGCUCAAAAUGAGAUCAAGAUCAUUUAUCAUUUGCUUUUGAUCAGUAAAAUUCGUAAUAAUGUUUGGUAAAGCUGUGUUAUGUUUGACGACUCUACAAUUAUAUUGUGUUACGGCUCAAGGAGAUUGCAGUGAUCUGCGAGGUCGAGUCAUUUCCCACGGCAUACAUUACGUGCCCGGACCAAACUCCUGUAACCUUUGUAUAUGCGAUAAUGGACUACCUAAAGACUGCAAAGUUGUACUGUGUUCGCCACCCCAGGAUUGUCGCUCAUUUCGAGUCGGCAACAAUUGCUGCGAGUUUAUUUGCUUAGAUGAUGUAGUGAAGCCACCUGACUCAAACGAGUCGAACUUCCGUGGGGCAGCUGGCGGUGCUGCGGCAGUAGUGGUGCUCACAGUACUGUUAGUACUGUACAGAGUAAGGAACCAGAAGCGUAGACGUCCACCACAUGGGGAUGACCAAAGAAGCCUGACUAGUAUUGGGUACAUCAGUGGAAGCAUGGGCUACAUGGGUGGCACUUGUGAGACAGCUCUGGGUGCCUGGAAGCCACAUGGUUACUAUCUGCCAAGGGGUGAAGCGCCUCCACCUUAUGAUGAGGCUGUGGCACAGUGCAGACAGGAAGUCAUGAGGAUUCAAAGUGAAGCAGCUUUUCACCGAACAUAUCCUGCAACAGUAGAGUCUCUCACUAGGCCAGAUGAGGCCAUGCAGUGUGUCGGUCAUGGCUAUGCUAAUAUUCCACGACCUGUUCAACAGUUGGUGAAUCCUCAGAACUGCUACAACACUCCUCUACUGCAGGCUGUGCACACGACUGACGCUCGGGACCCAAAUCAAAUCCAACACCACCCCUUAGGCCCUCCUGGAGGAGUGGGAUUCCCCAGCGCCAUCCGUUUAACCGGCUCUCUGGGUACCAUCAACAACCGCGGUUUGUUAUCCGUGUUACAUGAUCACGAUCGUCCCAACUUGUACCCUAAUCCUGGGAGUUUACACACUCCAUUCCACCGCACCAUCCCGCUGGGGGGGCCGGGCGCGGACGUGCGGCGCUCGUUCCACCGCGCGCCCCCCCCGCGCCCCCACACCGGCCGCUCCGUGCCGCGCAACCUGGACCUGGCCGCCGGACCGCACGCCGCGCCCGACGCCGCACCGGACGUCGGGCCAAUAUUGCGGACCAAUAGCGCCGGACAGACACGGACACGCAGCGAGGAACAGAACGUGGGUGGAGCGGUGACCACAAAUGCUAAUGCUAACGCGGGAGCUGCUGGGAACAACGCGGCUGUGGCGGACAGCGCGGGGGCUGUCCCGAGCGCGGGCGAGGGGGGUGCCCCUCCCGCCCCCGACGCGCCCCUUCCACCCCCACACAACACAUUACCCCUCACUGUGGACAAGCCGUCGUGCGUGUGCAGCUACGAAGCCCCGGCCGCUCCCGGGGGCGAGGACGCCGACGACUACCGCAGCGAGUGCGAGAACUGCAAGUCCGCCAGCAGCUCCAAAUGGUCGUCGUCGGACGGCGCGUGGGAGGGCGCCGGCACGCAGACCCUGCAGCGCCGCGCGCCGCCCCCGCCCGCGCCCGCGCCCGCCACCGCCACCCUGCCGCAGCCCGUCACCAAGCAGAGUCGAUCACUGAUGGGUCAGCCUUCGAACUGGGAGAACUGGUUUAACGCGAUCCCCGAUUCGGACAGCGAAUCCGAAGAAGAGUAAGAAUUUCCCUCUCACCCUUCUUCGAGUUACAAUCAAGGAAAAUGAACAAACAACAAUCUCAAUUUUGUUUUAUACAUGUAUGUAUAUAUAGUUACACAUUUAUGUGUCGGCGUCACAUUGAACUUCAAUGGAGAAGAACAAAAAUAACGAGCGUGAAACAAAAUCAAAUACAAAAAUAUUACAAUAAAGGUAGGUGAGCUCAGGGGUCAAGUUGAGAGAGUUUUUUACAAUGGCCCUAGCAAGAGCAGUGCUUCGCUGAAUCUACCAGCGGAUCGCGACCCACUGAAAAGGCCCGGCGAGAAAUAGCUGAAAAACUAGUUGUUGGCAAAUGAAAAUAAUUAUAAAGGAGUUAUCUUUGUGGUUAUAUAGAACUAUGAACUACAACAAGCAAUACAAUGCCGAUGAUAACGUUUAUAACCAUUUUAAUUUUUAUGUUAAGUUUGCUUGUUAUCUUUAUUUUCGAAAUUAUUCGAUCACUAGUAAGUAAGGCUAGCGGCUUGUCUCUGAUCCUAGCAUUACUGAAGUCCAUGGGCGACAGUAACCACUCACCAUCAGGUGGGCCGUAUGCUCGUCAGCCGGCAAGGGCAAUAAAAAAAAAAAAAAAAAAAUUUGUGGUCGAAAUUCGUCAAAAUUUCUAUUCGUAAAUCAUUGUGUCUCUACUUGUCGCGAUGGUAACACGUACACUAUAUUAGUAUUAUGCAAAUCACUGCCUCAAUACCAUUCGUAGAAGUCGUCGUGGCCUAAAGGAUAAGACGUCCGGUGCAUUCGUGUUGAGCGAUGUACCGCUGUUCGAAUCUCAGGCGGGUACCAAUUUUUCUAAUGAAAUACGUACUCAACAAUUGUUCUCGAUUGACUUCCACGGUGAAGGAAUAACAUGGUGUAAUAAAAAUCAAACCAGCAAAUUUUUAUUUGCAUAAUUACUGGUGGUAGAACCUCUUGUGAGUCCGCGCGGGUAGGUACCACCAUCGUGCCCAUAUCUGCCGUGAAGCAGUAAUGCGUUUCGGUUUGAAGGGUGGGGCAGCCGUUGUAACUAUACUGAGACCAUAGAACUUAUACCUCAAGGUAGGAGGCGCAUUCACGUCGUAGAUGUCUAUGGGCUCCAGUAACCACUUAACACCAGGUGGGCUGUGAGCUCGUCCAACCAUCUAAGCAAUAAAUAAAAAAAGUACGGUAUAAGUUAAUUCCAUUCGACAAUCCUUAUAAAGAGCUUUGCAUAUGGCUACCUAUAUUCACGUGGGGUUUGUGUAUUUGAAGUCUAGCGAUUCUAAUAUUAUAUUAUAGUUAAGUGGUCUUUUACUGAUCGAUCGCUACGAAUCAAUUCAAUACUAAAAGUACUUGAUAAUAAUUAUAUUUAAUAUGAUACUGAAUGUACAAACCGACUCAUUCGUCCGAAAUGAUUGAAAUGAGACAUUCCUUCAUAUUUAUUCCUCUUUUCUUAAUACAUAUAUGUUGUUAUUAUGUGAUUUUGAAUAGUGAUAUUGUUUUUUUUUGGUUUCGAGAGAUGUAGCGAUUUUGAUCUUUCGAAUGAUAAAUCGAUAAUGAUCUUAUCAGGAAUCUUUUACACGUUGAAAAUAAUUAUCGUUAUUGUUUCUUAUUUUUUUUACUUAAUGCAAUAUUGAAUUUGCUCGUUAUUGUUAUCAGUGGCUUAUCAUCGAAAUGAUAAGUUUUUCGAAAAAAAAAAUUCAAUAUCUCGUUUGGUUUUAUUUCGAGAAAUGAUGCAAUUGUUAUUCCGUUCGGUGUAAGUUUUUUUUUUAUAUAUAUGAAGUGAACAAAGUUCGUAAUGUUUUUACAAUAGAAACUCGAUUAUCCAGAUCUUAGGCGUAUGCGAGUCUAUGUACUAAUAAUAAUAAUAAUAAAUAAAUCUUUAUUUUUAUUAUAUAUUAGAAAGCUUUAUUAUUAUUACUAUUAUGUAUAGUGCGAGCGUUCUCGGUUUCCACCCUAUCUCCCCCUAUCAGUACUCACAUAUUUUGUUUUGUCAAACGCUAGUGCUACCCAGGUGUAGGUAUUAAUUUGAAAUAAAGACAAAGAAUAAAGUAGAAGGUACAAUUAUUGAAAAAACAGAUCUAUUUGUAUACGUCUAUUUACUAAAUUAGCCGAUAAAUUUGGAAUUGGACACUUGUACAAUAUUAGGUAUAAAUUGAAAUAUACUUUGAAGUGCAUUUGUGUAUAUGGCAGUGAAGAGGAAUGGUCGCCGAAUAGUGAUAAAGAAACCAAAGAAUUGAAAUCUGAGGAAUGCAAUGUAUUUUUAAUUUUACAGCUGGCCAACAUCUGGCAACACUCGAAAUGUGUUCUAGCUAUGUAAAAUAUUUUAAGUUUAUAAUAAUUGAAAAAUAUCUUCAAAAAUUCAAACUUUGUUCAUAAUCUGAUGGAGGGUGUUACUAUCAAUAUCUCGACCAGUACAGUCUAAACAAAAUAUUGUAUUGGUAGUUAUAGUAGGGAGGAUUUUAAUUUGUGCCAAUGUUACUGUGACCCACAAAAUAUCUUAAUAAGGGAAUUUAAUAAAACCCUAUGUCACAAAGAUGUAACAAAUAUUUGAAUGAAAAAAACAAACUCAAAUAUUCAAAUAUAUCCGGCAUUUUUAAAAUUUUCUAAAUAACUCUAGUUUCAGUCCGGAUAAUCGAGUUUCUGUUGUGGUUUAGUUAUUAUUUAUAAGCAAUGUUAUUUGAUACUAAAUAAUGAAGAAGUCUGUAUAUUUUAUCUUUCAAUGUCAAAAUUUGUUAUGUUUGAAAACAGUUAAUAAAUACAGGGUGGAAGGUAAACGCUUAUAAAUCCAAAAUCGUAAAGAUAUAUUAUUACCUUACUACUACUUACUACCUACAGGUGUAAAAGUGAAUUGAUUGGUAAAAAAUUAACAUCUUAAUUAGACUCUGAUUCAAGUUGCUCUUAUAAUAAUAAUAUAGUGCAAUAAAAAAAAAAGUGUAGUUUUCCCCCACCCUGUAUUUAAUUUUAGGGUUCGACAUGUUUCGAAUUAUGCUAUUUUAACACUAGAGCUGUGAGACCGAUGAUCGAUAUUAUUAUGUUUAAUAAAAUCCAUAAAUCAUGAAUUCUCACAAUUCAACCAAAUACUUCGCUUCUCUUCUGAUUUGUUAUUUGCACGUUAUUUUUAUGUAUAAUUUGUUUGUUCUCUUUGAUGUUUUUAUUUGGCGGUUUAUAUUAAUCAUAAUUAUUUUAAGUCUAAUUAUUUAUAAGGUGAUCACGUACCAAAGGGUUUAUUAAUUUGUUGUUUAUUUUAGUUUAUUUAAUAUUUUACUAUUGUAAAUUUAUCAGUAUUGGAUUUUAAAGUUGACAGGAUAAUAAAAAUAAAAUAUAUGUUGUGUAGUAAGUAGGAUCAAGUAUUGUGUAUAUAGAGGCGAAUUUAAACCUUUUUAUUCUACAUUAGACUUAAGAAUUGCCAAUUUGCUAUUCGAAAAACAAAUUCAGUGCCAAAGUUGCCGAAAAAAUUUUAGAACAAUUAAUCAUUUUUUAAACUAUUUCACAAUAUUUUUCGUUCAAUAAAAGCGAAAAAGAUAAUAUCCGUUUUCGUAAUUGUCAAAAUGUUUGUGCGUCACACAAUAUUUCGUUCAGGACAAAACAAACAAGGCAAUUUUUACCUUUUCUAAAUACUACCCAUUAAAUGAAUAGUAAAAUUUUAAAAAAUCUGUUUAAAACACUUGUGUACACCGAUAAAUUAAUUAUAAUUUAAUUUCGAUGCAAUAAAAAAAAUACAAGACAAGUUGGUUCGUUUUCUAAAAAUUUUAAUGUUCUGAAAAUAUUAUUCUAAUAAAUAUGCUUAAUAAACAGUGAAACAAGUGUAAUACCAGGCACCACCGCCCUGCUUACUUCUGCCGUGAUGCACUUAACAUCAGUUGGGCCGUGAGUUCAUCCGCAUCAUAUAAGCAAUAAAAAAAACAACCUAAAAUUAAACUAUGUUUACGGAAGUUGUACUUAUUUUGUCAACGAGAAUUGAAUAUCCAUUAAAUUAUUAUUUGCUCUCUAUAGUUUUAAGAUUCCAAACAAAUAAUAUUAAAAUAUGAAAUAAGUAGUUUUUAUCCAGUGUGCAGUAUAGUCGCACAUAAAAGUGUUUACAAUGAUACAUCAUCACACACCGUAAUGUUUUCUCGUGGUAUAAUUGAGGCCGUCAGCGCAAAAGUGGCCUAACCCACAAUAUUUCAUAAUCAUGCUUAUAUGUAUAUUGCAAUUUAUUUAAAAUAUAAUAAAUUUUGAUGCAAAUCCGGCCUGUUCAUAGUUUCACCCAUAGAUAACAGAUGGCUUUGUAAACAUUAUUUUUGCGCGUAUUGUUUUUUGUCUACUCAAAUUCAAAUUCGUGAAAACUUAAACCUCCAUUGCUCCAUAAUAACUAUAGUAAGCUUAGGCCACUUUUGCGCUAACGGCCUGAAUUGUGCUUUUUUUGUCAUUAAACUAAACGGUCUUCGUUUAUUUUCUCUGGUACUUUUCUCAAGUUUACGUGGAUUCGUGUAUAAAUGAGCGAAUACGCAUGAAAUUGAACUUGGCACUGAAAAUUUCCUGUUAUCGUAGGAAUAUAACACAAAUAGAGGUUUCUUAUUUUUUCCGCCUACUUCGUUUACCAAAGAGUCUUUAUGAUGGUCACAAUACAUCAUGAUAAUAAAAAAAAUAUAGGCCGUCCCUGUUCGUACUUGAUCGGAUGAAAGUCGAUAGGGAAAGUAGAAUAGGGUUGUCAAUGUUGACUCAUAGUCGGACAAAUGGAAUAGAUAGAUUAAAAUGCAUGAUUAGAUGAAUAUUCUCGGAUACAUAUUUUAUUUCUUUAAUAAACUUUUAACUUUGGGAUCUAGUACAUUUUCACUUUUUAUUUUUAUUUUUAUUUUGACGCUAGCUUGUCCGAGUUUUUUUCACUAAACUCUGCAAAGUCAUUGUCACCUAAAAGCUUUCUCCACUAUGAACAACUUGACAGCCCUGUGUUGUUAGUAAACUAGUAUUACCCUUGAUUUAUAACACUAAUUGCUAUUCAAUCCUUUAUCUUCUGUUGUUUUGUAUUUUGUUUUAAAUUCGUUUUACUUGUUCAUUUUUCCAAAACCUAAUCUUAAGUCCUGAGGCUGGGCGAUGAGAUGAGUGGCUGAUGAGGGACCGUACACUGGGUGAAAAAAAUAUGUCCAGUUUAAUAUCAGGAGUAUGUACCCGGUCAAAAGUUCCGUUAGCAGUUCCAGAUCGAAAGUGAUGGGAAGAUCAUCAGAGAAGCAACCCAUGAGCUGCAAAUCGCACGGCAACUUAUGAAAACAAUGUACCCGGUCAAAAGUUCCGUUAGCAGUUCCAGAUCCAGAGAAACACGCGGAAAUGGCGCGAGUCUUGAAAGCGGUUUCGUCGCCCGCUCCAAUCCCAGCACCCAACAAAGUCAGGUUGAGAUAACCCUACAGAGAAUAAUGCGCGAUGUGAGCAAUAUGUUACAUGUCCGCUUUGCCCAGCUGAAGGCGCGUCUGCCAUCGGAGCCCCGUCUGCGGCCGCUUUUGGCUUCGCACAGUUUGAAGAGUCGAGAAAGGUAGAUGGAGCUCCAUGCCAAUGACCUCGAUACCACUCUACUUCUCAUUUCCUUCGUUCCGCCUCGUUGUCAAAAAUGGUCGGAUCACCCUUUCCCCGCGUGUCAAGAACGCAGUGCUGCGCGGCGGCUAAGCAAGAAACUAGAUGAUAUCUUGGGGAGGUAACUCAGAGGCUAGAUCCGCCUCCAAUAGUUGCGCCCGGCAACGACCCCCGCUGGAAACUCAAUGUACCUAUUUCAAGUCUUUUUGUUUUGUUGAAGUCCCCGUUGCUAACGCGACGAUAUAAACCUACAGCGAUAGGGCCAAAAAUAAAAGCUUAUCUAUAAAAAGCAACACUGUAGUUAUCUCAAUUUUUGUUUUGGUUUUAUCGAAAUCACAUUUCUUGGCGGGUACGCGAGAACGAUAGUAUGAAGGCUGUUAAAUAAUUUAAAAAAAUAUUACAACUGGUGACACUCCUUGUGCGUUGUUCACACACGAGAAAUAAUUAUCCUUGUCACAUUAUAUGGAACGAAAUUAACAGAAUAAAAUCUUUAAUAACCUAAAAUUUAAAGUAAAUCUACUUACAGAAUUGUAGAUAGAUACAUCUAACAUGAAUUAUAUAAUAAUAGUUUUAUAUAAAUGGCUAUUUAAUACCUACAAUUUUAAGAUUCACCAAAGCCGUAUUAAAUUUAUAGUCGAGUCGUGGAUUCGUUACAAGAAAGUUGCAUAGAACGUAAGUUAGUUAUAAGAUCUAUAUUAAUAUUAUUUCUCAUUAUGUUCCUCCGAUAAGAUAUUUAAAUUAUAAUAAUUGAUUUUCUUAAAAUUUAGCCUUCCCGUUAGGCAGAAAAUGGAAAUAGUAUAAUAGUCUGACUUCCAGGGUUAUAAGUAUUUAGUACGUUAAAAAAUAGUUAGAUAAAAAGAUACUGAAGAAAAAUGUGGCGUUACUUAAAAUUUUAAACCAUCGUAUGAAAAAAGUGAUCAUUAAAAUGCAGUUUAUGUAUGGGUAACGUAGUUUUAGAUGACGAUUUUAGAUAGGUUGUUAAUAAAGAAGGUAAAAUUCUAUUACCGUAAUUCAAGAGUAUGAAAAUGUUAGUCAGACUGAAAAAAAGUGUAAUAAUUUGCUUUUCUCUUUUGUACUUGAUCAUGUGAAAGAAUGGGUUGGUAUUAAAAUUUCACUAAUUUUUGAAUUCUAUUUAGGAUCAUAAAGAAAUUUCAAAUGUAUUUGAAUUUCACCCAAGGAUGAUAUUAACAAGUUUUAAAUUGGGGAAACUUCUUAUACCUAUUCUUAUUUGUAUGUACAGAAAUAAAAUACGGAUUGUUUUUAAUUUAAAACUAACAUUCCCAUUUUAAAUGUAACCUUGUUUAAAAUGUUAAACUGUAACUUAAAGAAAAAGGAAUGGAUUUAAAUAAAACGGGUUUUAUCAAAAAA